AUGGCUGAAAACAUACCUAACACACUCAUACCGCCAUCGCGCCUUGUCACCUACCAGGUCCACAAGCAGCUGAAGCUCAAACGCGCUUGGAACAUCUUCACCUCAUCUCAUCUAGUUUUCAGUCGUAUUCGUGCAUUGCCACCAGCUCCUGCAUCUGGGCAUUGCCAGGCCAUUUCUGAAUGUUUUGACUCAGUUCUACUGGUUGAACAUCUCAAGAUUUUCAAAAAUUGCAGCAAUGGCUUGCUAGAUAGCCUCCGACUUGCACAUGUGCACGUCAUCUUCAAGUUGCCACCCCAGUAUGGCAUUCCUCUGCACUCCUUGCUGUAUGUUGAGUGGUACAUGCUCUUCCUGCAGGUCGAUGGCAUUAGCCAGCUAUUUCAAGUCAGUUGCUCGACACAGAACUGCUGA